CAAAUGAAGUGUUGGUGGUGGGUGGUUGGAUGAUGAGCUUUCUGCAUCCUGCAUCUUUCCUCUGCUGUCCAAAGAAACAAAAUAAACAAAACAUACACCUUCACCACCUCUGCAAACCAUUUCCCAGUAAAACCCCUCCACUUUCCAUAUCCUCCUCUACCCAUCACCCCUUCUAUUCAUUCAGAUAAAGAUCAUUUUUUGUUUGUUUACUGGUCAAUCCAGGGUUCAAACAAAAAGAAGCAAGAGUACAAUUUGGUCUUAUCCCACACAUCCUUACCUUUUGGGUGUCUCAUGUACCCAUAAAUAGAUUCCAGGUUGAGAGUCUUCUUCUUUGUCCUUUUGGAUUUAUUUCUUUUUCCUUUUUUGGGUCUCUUUUUCCUUUCUCUCUCUCUCUCUUCAUAAGGGGGUGGUGGUGAGGAGGGGGAGGGAGAUGGGUGGCAGAGCUGAGAAUUCAGGUGGUAAUGGGAUACAAGAUACAGCCAUGGAGGAGGGAGGGGUAGAGGCGGGGUAUGAGAAUUCUACUAAUAACAGAGGUGGUGGGUUUGCUAUUUCCAUUCAGUUCAUGCAAAAGAUCCUUGCAGAAGUGCUUGGAACGUAUUUCGUGAUAUACGCGGGCUGCGCCUCGGUGACGGUUAACCUGAGCAAGGGGACGAUUACGUUCCCCGGCAUAUGCGUCGUGUGGGGGCUCGUCGUCAUGGUCAUGGUCUACUCCGUCGGCCACAUCUCCGGCGCACACUUCAAUCCUGCAGUCACCAUUGCAUUUGCUACCUGUAGAAGGUUUCCGUGGAAGCAGGUGCCACCCUACGUUCUGGCGCAAGUGGCAGGCGCGACCCUGGCGAGCGGGACGCUGCGGUUGAUGUUCGGAGGUAAGCACGAGCACUUCCCGGGGACGAUUCCGGCCGGCUCCAACGUGCAAUCGCUGGUCCUUGAGUUCAUCAUCUCCUUCUACCUCAUGUUUGUGAUCUCCGGCGUAGCCACUGACAACAGAGCAAUUGGAGAAUUGGCUGGUCUUGCUGUGGGAGCCACUGUCCUACUGAACGUGCUUUUUGCCGGGCCAAUAUCUGGAGCAUCGAUGAACCCCGCGAGAAGCCUCGGCCCGGCAAUUGUGGCUCACCGGUACGAGUCGAUAUGGGUCUACAUCGUCGGGCCCAUUUGCGGCACGGUGGCUGGAGCCUGGGCCUACAACCUAAUCCGGUUCACCGACAAGCCGCUGCGAGAGAUCACCAAGAGUGGGUCAUUCCUAAAGAACUUGGCGAGGAACAACGCCAGAUAGAUCAGAACAAAACUGAUACUAGCUAUUGUAAAAUUGUUGUAUCCUUUCCUUAAUUUCUCCAUCACUGAAAAUGUAUAGAACUUCUGGAGGAAUGCGUGACGCAUGUUGUGGAUUAGUAGCUUAUAGAUUUUAUAUAGUUUCUUUCCCUUUCUCUGUUUGGAUUUUUGGGUUGAAAAUGAAAUGAUUCUUUCGUGCAA